CAUAGCACGUGGUUUGAAAUGCUUGAGAUGAGAGAUGUGAGAGAUGUAUGCCAUCAAUAGUAAAGUCUCUCUCUCUCUCUCUCUCUCUCUCUCUCUCUCUCUCUCUCUCUCUUCUCUCAUAUGUUUAUAAUGUGUGUUAUUGAGUGAGUGUCUCAUCAGAAGUGGUACCCAAUAGUCAACACGUUUUACUUCUUUUUAUGGCUGCACUCAACUAUCAACAGUGUCUACAAUACAAGUACUGCAACUAAACAUAAGCAACAAAAGAAAGCUAAUGACAACCAAAGAUGCAAAGCCAGUGAUCACUACAGCUGUCAUGUGUGUCAAGUCUGUCAUGUCGUUUGGCUGCACACGUAUCCUACGGUGACUACCAUUUAUUAAAGUCAACAAAUCUCUGCAAAAUAUACAUUAUUACUAAAACAAUGGAGUCGACGGCAACCACUACUAUGGCAGCCAAUGAUACAUCAAUGGUGAACACUAUUAGCACAAAUAGCAACAUUACAUCGCCAUUCCUCGACACGGGACAGGUCUGUCGUGGCCCACAACUGUCACCAGUCAAGGGACAGGCGAUUAAUUUUAUAAAUAAGUCACCGAAAAAAGAGACGACAUUAAUGUCGACUAAAGGAGAUAAUAAAAAUGUCAUAUCGAAAAUUAGUGCAGACAAUGAAAGUGUUAGUUCCUUAAGUGAUGUCGAAAAUUUCAUGGGAAAGAUAGUCUACAAUCCCGACGGGUCGGCCUAUAUUAUUGAAGGACCCGACUCGGAUGCCAGUGAUGUAGAAGCAGAGAUCAGCCAAGAGGGCAGUAUAAUAGAUGCCGCGGGUAUGACACCACCGUAUGGCCAAAACAAUGUUGUCUUUCCGCAAAUUGUGUCAGCCUUUCAUAUAUCCCGAAGUUCGGCGGCCGCUCUAUACAGUGCUCUGUACGGUCAGGCCUAUCAAAGCCUACUACAAGAGAAUAAAGUUCCUGAAGUUCCAAUUAUGCACUCAUACCGGGUCUUCACACUUAAGGACGGCUAUAAUCCUAAGUGUGUGGACAGUGUGUCUGACCAAACGGAUGUCACUAAACUUAGUGGAACCGACUUUUCAAAUAAAGACAAUAAUAACACAAUCCGUGUGAACCAUUCGGAGAGUUCAGCGGCCAAUAGUGCGAGCAAUUGUCAGACAGUGCCCGUCAAACCUAUUUUAAUGUGCUUUAUAUGUAAAUUGUCUUUCGGUUACUCCAAAUCAUUCAUCGCUCACUCCAUUCAAGAGCAUAACAUUGCACUCAACGAUGAGGAGAAGCGAGUGCUCUCAUCAAAGAACACCUCAGCUAUAAUCCAAUGCAUCGGCAAAGAUAAGGAGCCCUUACUAUCAUUUCUAGAACCCAGACAUAAGGCACCCGCACUCACACCUAAUGAACUGCCGGUUCAAUUGCAGCAACAGUUGGAAUCACAACAACGGCUUUUGAUGGCCGCGGCUGCAGCUAUGAGACAGAACUCAUGUACACAAAGUUCCUUAACUACAGCUACCAGUGCCGGCACUUCAACACUCGUCACAACUCAGGCUGCGAUGAGAAAAGCAUCUCUCAGUACUGACUCAUUGGUUUCGUCGCUCACCAGUCCAGUCACUUCCGCGCCGGACAUUAAACCCUUUGAAUCUCAUUCCUCUGCUUUAAAUUUUAUUCUGCCAAAGAAUGGUGACGACCAUCACUACGAGUCGACAGAACCGAUGGACACAACUACGCCAACGCCUCGGGAAACAACAGAAGCGGACACAGCAUUUGCACCAGAAUUGGCUGAUUUGGCAAAUCUAGAAAAGAUAGCGAAAGCAGCGGCGGCUGCGGCACAACAACAACAGAUUGAACAGAUGUGUCAAUUAUCAGCCACUCAUCAACCAUUUCAUAGGUCACCGUCACCAUCGAAGACAACAUCACCCAAAAGCCCAAUGACAUCGACCACACCAUUGCAAUCACAAAUGCCAUAUCCAUCGGGAAGUCCGACGAAUGCGUCGCCAUUGCUGUGCAGUCAACAUCCCGACGGUGGUCACAUGACAGCAAUGCAUUCACGCAACUCAUGUAAGACAUUGAAGUGUCCGAAAUGCAAUUGGCAUUACAAAUAUCAGGAGACACUUGAAAUACAUAUGAAAGAAAAACAUCCAGAAAAUGAAAUGAAUUGCAUCUACUGUUUGGCGAACCAACCGCACCCACGACUGGCACGCGGAGAGACCUACACGUGUGGCUAUAAGCCCUACCGGUGCGAAGUGUGCAACUACUCAACCACAACUAAAGGCAACCUAAGUAUUCAUAUGCAAUCAGAUAAACACAUUAAUAAUGUACAAGAAAUACAAAACGGUAACAUUCCGGCCGAACAUCUGCUGCAAUCCCAAGCAUUGGCCGCUGCAGUGGCCGCUAACGCUACAGGUGUCCAACCAACUACUUCUUCAGUUCCUACAACAACUACAAGUGCGUCGUCCUGUGCGACAUCACCGGCACCGUCGGUACCGAAAGAGACACCUAAAGCGCAACAAGUGGUCAACAAUGGCAGCACACAGUCAACGCCGACAACAACCAAACAGAAGGCCACGUGGAGGUGUGAUGUCUGUAAUUAUGAGACAAAUGUGGCCCGAAAUCUACGAAUUCAUAUGACAAGUGAAAAACAUACACACAAUCUAAUGGUUUUGAAACAAAAUGUGUCGCAUAUGCAGCAACUGUCGGCUUUACAACAGGCGGGUAUGAUUACACCCGAACAGCUCUUCCAAUUCCAUCCGGGACUCUUUGCUGCGGCCGCUGGACUUACAGCCGGUCAGCCAACUGGUCCGGGAGAUAACCUGCAGCCCGAAGCAGCACUGGCUGACAUGGCAUACAACCACGCAUUGCUAAUGAUGGCCAGUCAACAACAACAACAUAGAGCUAUGGCAGCAGCUAUGAUGCAACAGCAGCAACAACAACAACAAUUACAGCCAACCCCCAGUCCCGGCAAUAAGUCUCCGGUGGCCCGAAUCAGUGGUACGGGAUCUCAGCCAACCUACGAUAUCGAGCAUCCGGACCCAUCCAUGGGAUUACAUAACGUUCCAUAUGACGACACGUGUCGAUUAUUUCAAUGUUGUGUUUGUGGCAUCUAUUCCAGCGAUUCAAUAGAAGGUCUGAGUCAACACAUCCAGUGUGACCGCACCCGACAGCGUGAGGACGAGGUUUUGAUGGCAGUCGGCGGCUCUUAUAUUUGCAAAUUGUGUUCCUAUAAAACUAAUUUAAAAGCAAACUUUCAAUUGCAUUGCAAGACAGACAAACAUUUGCAACGAUUACAACACGUGAAUCACAUUAAAGAAGGCGGCAAUCAGUCUGAAUGGAAGCUCAAGUAUGUGAAUGUCUCGAACCCGGUUCAGGUUCGGUGCAAUGUUUGUGAUUAUUACACCAAUUCUAUACAUAAACUGCAAUUACAUACCGCCAACACCCGACACGACGCCUGUUCCCGAGUGUUCCUACACUUACAGUUGGCCGAAACACUGGUCAAGUCGGGGGGAGUCAAGUACUACAUGUGUGUCCUUUGUAACCAUCCGGCGCGCACUAAGAUAUCACUCGUACAACACAUCAACUCAAUUAAACACAUCAGAAAUGAAAGCAUCCGACAACUCAAACAACAACAGACCGGAUCUAUUGGUAUGAAAGACUCAGAAGAAGAGAUCAGAGAAUUAUUUCAGGUCAAGGAAUUGGAUCCAAACGACAAAGUGGUCUUUGAAAGCGACAAUAACACAAACGAUGAUAUCUCUGGAUCUCUUCCAUUGGGAACAACUAUCGAAUCAAUGAACGAUUCAAUGCUGAAGAAUGCUCUUCUUGAACAACAACAGGCAGUUGUGGCACAAAUGAGCGCUAAAAUGAAUAAUGAAAUGUCUGAAGGGUUGCACUUCUGUCCGUUUUGUAAUUAUUCGCACACUUCUGAAGUAAGACUACAAAUGCAUAUCGUGUCCACACAUUCCAAACAACAACAAAGUCAGUCAACAACAGCAACAACAACACCGACCAGUGCUGCUGUCGGUGCCGUUGAACAGCAUAUGUUGUGUCCCUUAUGUCAGGAGGGCUUCCAUGAAAAGUGUAGACUAGAGUCACAUUUAAUUGAUGUCCAUAAUGUCAAACAAGAAGGACUCCCAAAACUGAUGCUUUUAGUCGAAGAGGUUGUUGUAAACAAACAACAGUCACAUCAAACUAUUCGACAAAACUGUUCGCCUCAAUGGUCUCCAAAUGACGAAACUUUUGAACAAAGAGAAAUUGAUGCCAAAAGUGAUUAUUCCGGUGAUAGCGGUUCCAAGAUCUGUGAGGACGAGCUCUUUGACACUAAUUCUUUAACAGAGAGUCUUCAAUGUCCCGGUUGUCCCAAAAUUUUCUUAACACUCGACGAAUUAUUUACUCAUAUUAACAGCGAGGGUCACCUCAAGAUGACCACUGAUGUAGUUCCCAAUGCAAGGACUGGCGCUACCAUUGGUAACUCAAAUAGUGGUUACCAGUGCUGGAAGCGAGGCUGUGGUCAGAUGUUUAAGACUAUUGCCGCAACACAACUGCACUUCAAAGAACAACAUACUUUCAAAGGAAAGAUUUCGGGCGCAGCUGUAUCUGACCGACACGUCUACCGCUACCGAUGUUCGCAAUGUAGUCUCGCAUUCAAGACUGUAGAAAAACUGCAACUUCACUCUCAAUACCAUUUAAUAAGAGCCGCCACUCAGUGUGUGUUUUGUGGCCGUAGUUUCCGAUCAAUGGAAGCGCUUCACAAACACAUCGGAACCACUCAUACAGAGAUGAAUGAAGAAGAAUUAGAGACUUAUAAGAAUAGUCUUAUAAAUAAUCCACUUUUGAUGACCGGUCGCAAUGGCGGCGGUAUUCUUGACCCGUCGACCACCGAAUUGCUUAAGAAAGAGUCCAAUAGAAUGGAUGACUCGAACACUGACGACGAAGCCAUGGAUUUAGUUAUAGCUAACGCUAUUAAUCCUAUUAGUGAAGACAUUGACGAAGAUAUGACUGAUUUGAGUGACAAUAAGGAAGGUUUAGCUGCUAGUAAUCAUCCGACGAACUCAUUGGAAGACUUUCUUAACUCUCAAGCGGUGGCAGAGGACAGCUAUAACGACCCGACCCGCAAAUAUAAGUGCCAUCGCUGUAGGGUUGCAUUUACGCGACAAAGUUAUCUCACUUCACAUAAUAAGACACUUUUGCACCGAAAGGGAGAAAAACUGAGUUAUCCGAUGGAGAAGUAUUUGGAUCCAAACCGGCCGUACAAAUGCGAUAUCUGUAAGGAAUCGUUUACUCAGAAGAAUAUACUAUUAGUUCACUAUAACUCUGUGUCUCACUUACACAAACUCAAACAAUUAGAUAAAGAAAAGAUGAAUAUUAGUGCCAACAACGCAAACAACGCCAACAACCAAAGCAACUCUCAAAACAUAAGUUCUGUAGUCAUGUCCACUGUGGCCACCGUUUCUAACCCGACGCCGAUCACCGAAACUGUGACCGCUUUGUCUAAUGCUAUCAACAGCAGUGAUAUGGAUAAGAAGCCCUACAAAUGCAAUAUAUGUAAAGUUGCCUACAAUUUAGGUACAACUCUUGAUAUACACGUGCGCUCUGUAUUACAUCAGACGAAAGCAUCAAAACUACAUGACUUGGCUCUGACCGGUCAGAUUGAUCUGAGUGUUCCCCUAAUUGAAAGACCAGACAAUACCAGUGAAACUGCGGUCACAAUGACUACACCGAGUACUCCUACUUCAGGCAUUCCUAGUGUUUCGGUGACGACAUCACCACCAAAGAUGAGCGCCGAUAUUGUUAAACGUACGCCGAGUACACCCUCUCCGAGCACUACACCUAAUAAAGGAGUUCAGGAAUCACUUAUGGCACUCAACGUAUCAGAUCCACAACAGGCAGCUCUACUACAACAGGCAUUAGCCAUGACUACCGGCAAUAAUGGCCACAACUUAUUGUUGGGUUCGUCACCAUUUCAAUGCCAAAGAUGUGGAUCAGCUUUCAUAUCACAAGAGGCACAGUUACAACACCAACAACUCUGUUGUCUAUUUAGUCCUCCAAAUAAUAGCACAUCUAAACAGUCGACUAUUAAUCAAUUGAGAAGUCAAUCGCCCAUUCAAUCCAAUGAACAACAAAACAUUGCUCAGACAUCUCAAUUGAAUACACAGUCUAACAGUUCCGGCAUUAAAGCACCAAAGUUUGCCAGUUAUGCUCCCGUCUGUAGAAGCAAACCACCGCUUUAUAAACAUUUACUCGAAACGUGGGGUUUUGAGAUAGUUAUGCAAUUCAAUGAAUGUCACCAAAAAAGAGUCAAAAAAGAUAACAACAAUAGUAACGAACCAAAGAAAGACACCGACACUAACACUAAUACUACUACACCGACAACAACUGGUACCCAAAACAAUGAGACAAAUGCUACCGAAGCCAACAGUGACUCCGUGGCCAACAAAACUGAGACCAACGAGUCUGAGGUAAAAAAGAGUGAUUUGAAAAAUAAUUUGCCGGAAAUUAAUCGAUCGAAAUGUGAUAAAUGCGGGAAAGAGUUUUCAUCGAUUUGGGUGCUUAAGGCGCACAGGGAGGAGAUUCAUAAAGAUGUGGUUCCCUUAGAUAUAGUCGAAACAUUUGCUGACGAUUAUCGUAAUGAAUACGAACGUAAGUGUGCUCUUGAAGAGGAAAAUGAGGCCUCAACUGAUCAGAUCAAUGCUAAUGAUAUGCAACAAAUAGCUUCGGGCGUUAAUACCAACCCAUCAAAUACACCGCCGCUUUCAAUGGCAAACAAUAUGGUUAACAGUGGCUCAACACCAGCUCAGGCAGAUAUGUCUGUGGCCAACCAAAUGGCAGCACAUCUACAGUUCAGUCAGUUAUUAAUGAGUAUGGGUUUGGCGGGAAUGGGAAUGCCUAUGAAUAUGGGUAUGAAUAUGAAUAUGAAUAUGCCUUUCGCUGCAAUGGGAUUACAUCCACCGUUAAUACCCGUAAUGAUGUCCCCACAUCUCGACCCUAUGAUUGCGGCCGCAUUCCAACAUCCGGGCGCCGCAGGAAUGGUUAACCCACCGAAUCAAUCGACACCUUCUGCCAGUCCGAUGCCAAACAAUGACCAAAACUUUUUUGCUAAUCAACAGAAGCUUAUGCAACAACAACAGCAACAACUGAAUGCCGCCGCACAGCAACAGAAGAGAGCCCGGACUCGAAUCAGUGACGAACAGCUCAAAGUCCUCCGACAAUACUUUGAUAUCAAUAACUCUCCGACUGAAGAACAACUGCUAGAAAUGUCUGAAAAGUCAGGUUUGCCUCUCAAAGUGAUUAAACAUUGGUUCAGAAAUACACUGUUUAAAGAGCGACAGCGCAAUAAAGACAGUCCCUAUAACUUCAAUAACCCUCCGUCGACUUUCUUCAAUCUCGAAGAAUAUGAAAAGACCGGCGAAACCAAAAUAAUUACUUUAAAUGAUCUCAAGAAAGAAGACGAAAACAUUGAAAAUAAAGACAAUACUAACCAAAGCGAGUCAGAGAUCGCAAUUGCAGUCAUGGCUGACAUGAAGUCUUCUUCAUCGACCAAAGACACUGAUUAUGGCGAGACAUCAGACGAUGAGAUUUGCGACAAUAAGAAGAAAGAAACGAAUUUAUUUAAAAGUGAAUCGGAAAGCAUUCAAGAAAAGUUUGAAAAUCAUAUUUUGCAACUUCAGAAACAACAACAACAACAACAACUUCAACAACAAAUACAAUUACAACAACAACAACAACAAGAGUUUGAAUUAACUAAAGCUAUGCUCAAUACCAACACAAAUAGUCCGCACACUUCUGAGUCAUCGAUGAGCUCUCAAUCUGCAGCCGAUAUGAGCACUGCUUCUCUAUUCUCAGGUUUGCCCGGAUUUGCCGCAUCUCUGGGACAACCACUGGGUUCGGGUCCGCUUCAGAUGGCACUCGAUGCCCAUAGAUCUCAAAUAUCUGCCUCAAACUCAAAUACUCCCAACACCUCAGGCAAUGGCAACUCAGGCAGUGGUGGCUCAUCCGGUAAGAGAGCUAACAGAACCCGAUUUACUGAUUAUCAGAUAAAAGUAUUGCAAGAAUUUUUUGAAUCCAAUGCUUAUCCAAAAGAUGAUGAUUUGGAGUAUUUAUCAAAACUAUUGAAUCUCAGUCCGAGAGUUAUUGUUGUUUGGUUUCAAAAUGCCAGACAAAAGGCGCGUAAAGUCUAUGAAAAUCAACCGCAAACUCCACAAGAAGAUGACGGCUCCGGACGUUUCCAACGGACUCCGGGUCUUAACUAUCAGUGCAAGAAAUGUAUGCAAGUCUUCCAAAGAUAUUAUGAACUAAUUAAGCAUCAGAAGAGCGCCUGUUUUAAGGAUGAGAAUCCAUUGGCUGCUCAGCUCAGGGCUGCCGCUGAAUCUCGAGCCCAAUCUACUUCUCCCGGUGUCAGUCGUGAGACCCCCUCUACUACCCCAACACCAGUAGAUAGUGGGCGCAUAACUGCCACACCAGACAAGUUGGCCCAUCAAUCGCCAUCAACACCGACACCACAACAGUCUCAACAGUCAUCACAACAACAACAACAACAAAGUGGUGUUUAUCGCUGUGAGAAAUGUAGUUUAGUAUUCAAUAGGUAUGAGUUAUGGAGAGAACACCAAUUGGUUCAUCUGAUGAAUCCAAAUCUGUUCCCAAGUUUUCCGCCGUCAUCUCCAUUCGGAAUCUUACAAUUCGAGGCACAACAGAGCCCACAGACUAACACAGCGACGUCUCCUAACUCAAGCAACCCUUUGAGUACAUAUAUAGCACAGCAAUCGCAACAACAGGCGGUUAAACGCAAACUACCGGAAGACGAGGAUUCGCACGAUUACGACUCACUCAGUGGUAUCGGCACUUCCAGUGAUCAGCCGCGAGACAAGAGACUCCGUACUACUAUAUUACCGGAACAAUUGGAUUAUCUCUACCAGAAGUAUCAAAUUGAAUCCAAUCCAAGCAGAAAAAUGUUAGAAAGCAUUGCCAAAGAAGUGGGUCUCAAAAAGCGUGUCGUUCAGGUCUGGUUUCAAAAUACCAGAGCUAGAGAAAGGAAGGGACAGUUUCGCGCUCAUCAACAGGUCAUACAUAAGAGAUGUCCCUUUUGUCGCGCUCUCUUCAAAGCCAGAUCUGCUCUUGAAUCACAUCUGGCCACUCGUCACGCCGACCAAUACACUAAAGGAGACAUCAAUAUUGACGCCUUACCUGAUGGCGAUCCUUCAGAUAUGACAGACUCUUCGCCAACAAAUACUAAUGAAGACAUUAUGAGAAACUCAGCCACCGGUGGACUAACUGCUGAGGCAUUGCAAUCAACAAUGAAAAAGUAUUACGAAGACUCGUUCAAAAAAUAUUUAGAAGAGCUUAACAUUCCCGGAACUGAUGGUCAGAGCACUAUUCCCGCUGAUCUCAGCCUUAAAAUGAAGGCCGCCUUUGAGGCAAGUGGUCUAACAACAGGUGAAAGCGCACCAUUAGAUCUCUCAAAACCAGUUGAUUUGUCACAACCGCUCAGAUUUUCGACGAACGAUGACGAAGGCUUUGAUGACACGCGAUCUGAUGGCGAAGAUUCAGAUUCUUCCGAUGAAAAUGAAUUUGAUUUUUAUUUUUCCUAUGAAUCAAACCCAACCUCUCCAGCUCCUGGAUCUACCACUUCAUCGUCUGCCUCAGCGAUGAACAGAAAUCCUAAUUCAAAUAUGACCUCUCAUUCAAAUUCAAACUCAAAUAAGAGAUAUCGCACUCAAAUGACAACAGUUAUGCUAAAAGUUAUGAAAUCAAUUUUUGCUGACUAUAAGACACCAUCAAUGGCUGAAUGCGAGUGCUUAGGGCGAGAGGUAGGUCUGCCUAAGCGUGUGGUUCAGGUAUGGUUUCAAAACGCCAGAGCAAAGGAAAAAAAGGCUAAACUGGCGUUUGCCAAGACUUUUGGACAAGAAUUUGAAACAAACACCAAACCUAUAGAAGAGUGCAAAAUAUGUGGCAUUAAAUACAACCUAAAGUUUUCAUCGACAGCAAUGCAGGACCACUUGUUCUCUAAGAAACACAUUGAAAAUCUUAAGCUUCACAUCGAUUCAGUGAAAAAACUAAUUGAAGGUCAGGACGAUAAUAGCUCUGACUUUCCCAUAGCAUCAGGCAUUGAGCUUCCAGUGAUACCAACGAGUAUUCAAAACAAUAUGAAUACUUCAAACAUAGCUUCAGACUCGAAUGAUAACCGAUCAAAAUCUGCGGCAAAUUUGAUGCAACAGUUGCAGCUCAUGGGUCUGUCCGGUGCAAUGCCUGCCGGACUCACUCUGUCCGAUAUGACAGUCAAUGGCGGCAAUAAUAAGAACUUUAACGAACAAAAAACACCUGAAAAGAGUGCGACACCUAAUCUUAACUGUAAAGACAGUAACUCGAGCUCCAGUAGUGGCAGUGGAGGAAUGGCCAACACGUCGGACUUGGCCAACGACAACUCGGGUCUACUUAACUACAUGUAUCCGGGACUACAAAACUAUUACACUGCUGCCGGAGCAUUCAUGCACCCAAACAUGUAUGGAACGGCUGCCAACAGCACAGAAAUGUGUAAAUCGAGUGGCAAUAUGAAUAACCAGACCGGUGUCCACACUUCGGCAUCAAAUGUCAUCACAACAAAUGGUGUCACAAUGGGAUCAUCUAAUGAACAACAGGUUAACAAUUUCCAAGACAUGUCAUCUAUGUAUAUGAAUGGCAACGAUGCAAAUAUCAUUAAUUAUUUAACAAAAAAUAUGAACAAUAAUGGCAUUCAAUUUACAAACUUUAGUGAUAACACUUAUUGAAAGCAAUAAUUAAGAUUUAAUGAGAAAACAAGUUUUGUCACAUUUGACUAUUUAAAGCAAAUUCAAUUGAUUGCUGCAAAUGAUUUGUUUAAUUGAUUGACUCAUUAAUGUAUUCAUUGUAUUUGUAUUUGUAAUGUUUUAUUGAGUAAAGUAAGGGCUGGGAUAUAUUGCAGGCAAUCGUUUGAUUAGAUAAAUGUUUGCAUCAAUUAUUUCUGACUAAUCACUCACAAACACUAAACUAUUAAUUGUUUGU